AUGGCGGGCUGGAAGGAGAGCGCGCGCCUACGGCGUCAACAACAAUAUGAAGCGAUUCCGCCCAGCUGGCGACUGAAAACUAUCCCUGCGGAUUUCAAGGACAGCCGAUAUGUGAUCGAACGAGCCGGGCUGUUGACAGCACGGGAACUGGAUAUCACGAGCACGGUCGGGGCGGGCAAGAUCCUUCGCAAAUACGAGGAAGGUGACUGGACAGUGGAGGAAGUCGUGACGGCGUUCUGCAAACGCGCCGCCAUCGCCACGCAAUUGAUCGGCUGCUGUACGGAGUUUAUGUUUGACGAGGCGAUCGCCCAGGCUCGUGAGUUGGAUCGGUGGUACGCUGACACGGGAGAGUUGGUGGGGCCGUUACAUGGUGUUCCUCUCAGUUUGAAGGAUAACCAGCAGGUUCGCGGUGUCGAUACGACGGUUGGCUGGGUGGGACUACUAGGUAAGCCGGAGUCAGAGGAUGGUUUACCUGUGCAGCAGUACAGGGCUCUCGGUGCGGUGAUCUACGUCAAGACGAACGUCCCUCAGUCGCUCAUGAUGAGUGACUCAUACAACCACGUUUGGGGCCAGAGCGUGAAUGCAUUGAGUCGAGCGCUGAUAUCGGGCGGAUCUUCUGGCGGAGAGGCUGGCCUGAUCGGCGCAAGAGGCUCUUUGCUCGGGAUCGGCACAGACAUUGGUGGCAGUAUCCGCAUCCCGGCGGCCCUACAAGGUCAGUACGGCCUCUGCCCCACGAUCGGUCGCGUACCGAGCCUAGACUCUGCUCGCGACCAGAAGUAUAUCGUCCGCCCUGUGUCCGGCCCAAUGAGCAACUCUCUCUCCUCGAUCGAGCUAUUCAUGGAGGCCUACUCGGCCAUCGAGCCCUGGACCAUCGAUCCCUCGAUCCAGCCCAUUCCCUGGCGCUACGAACUGGCAGUACCGCCCAAAGACCAGCUCAAGAUCGGGUACAUCGUCGACGACGGAGCCGUCGCACCCCAUCCACCCAUCCAACGCGCCGUCCGCGACGUCGUCCGGAAACUUCGACAAUGCGGGCACGAAGUGGUAGAGUGGGACGCCUCGGAGCAUCGCUCGGCGUACUAUGACCUCUGGGUGAAGGCGGUGCUGGCUGACGGUGGCAAGCGCUGUGAAGAUCUCUGCAAGCUGGUCGACGAGCCACUUAUCCCGGGCAUGCUGGUCGGCACCGCCGAAACGGCGCUCAACGCAGACCAGAAAAUGGAAUUGGCCGACGAGAUCUUCAAGUUCAAGACCCAAUACCUGAAGAAAUGGAAGGAGAGCGGCAUCGAUGCGCUCGUCAUGCCUGUCACUCCUUGGGUCGGCAUGCGACCAAAGCAGUGGGUCGAGUCCCAGCAGUACGUCGGUUACACCGCGCUGUGGAACCUGCUGGACUAUGCGGUGCUCACCCUGCCGGUGGGGCAGGUCGAUAGCAUGGUUGAUGACCCCGCGAGAGAUGCGGCUUGGAGAGAGUAUGGCCAAAGUAUGACGCGUGGGUUUAGCGAUGAGUACAAUCAUCGUCUUUAUGAGGAGCUGUGGAAUGCAGGUGUCAUCCAGGGCUUGCCCGUAAAUGUGCAGCUCGUUACGGGUCGGUUUGGAGAGGAGAAGGCUGUGGGGAUAGGGAAGGUGCUCGAUGCUCUGCCCUGA